GAAUUCUAGCCGGGGCCCAGAUUUUCUGUGUGAGAACAAAGAGGUAAGGACCAUGGCCUUUCUGCUGCUGAUCGUUCUUUCUCUGAUAGCCUCUGUCCUGGGUGGCUUCUACCUCCUGGGGGCUGUCAGGCAGCGUCGACCCGGGGAGCCUCCCCUGGACCGGGGCCCCAUCCCCUGGCUGGGCCAUGUCCUAGAGUUCCGCAGGGACACAGCAAAGUUCCUGGAGAGAAUGAGGGGGAAGUAUGGGGAUAUUUUCACCGUGCAGCUGGGAGGAUUCUACUUCACAUUCCUCAUGGACCCUCGGUCCUUCGGGACAGUUGUGAAGGAGGCCCGCACCAAUCUGGACUUCAGCAAGUUUGCACAGCAGCUGGUGCAGAAAGUGUUCGGUUAUCACUCUGACCACAGGUUUCCUCAGAUGUCCAGCAACAAGCACCUGAUGGGGGACGGUUUAGUGGUCAUGACACAGGCCAUGAUGAGCAACCUACAGAAUCUGAUGCUGCACAGUGUAGGGACAGGGGAUAAUAACCAUAAGACCUGGAAUGAGGAUGGUCUGUUCAACUACAGCUACAACAUUGUGUUCAGGGCAGGUUACCUGGCUCUGUUCGGUAAUGAGACACCCAAAUCCACAGGGAGCGUGGAGAAAGCCAGAGAGGUCGACAGAGUGGAGUCCGAAGAGCUCUUCCGUGAGUUCCGUAAGUACGACCAGCUCUUCCCCAAUCUGGCCUAUGGGGUCCUGCCUCCAGGGGAGAAGAGAGAGGCUGAGAGGCUAAAGAGGCUGUUCUGGAACAUGCUGUCGGUGCAGAAGGUGAGGACCAAGGAGAACAUCAGCAUCUGGGUGAGUGAGCAGCAGCAGGAGAGGGAGGAGCACGGCAUGGAGGACUUCAUGCAGGACAGGUACAUGUUUCUUCUCCUUUGGGCCUCACAGGGCAACACAGGUCCUGCUGCCUUCUGGCUGCUCUUCUACCUCAUGAAGCACCCAGACGCCAUGAGGGCUGUGCGGGGGGAGGUGGAGGAGGUGCUGAAGGAGACGGGCCAGGAGGUGAAGCACGAAGGCCCCCUCAUCAACCUGACCCGGGACAUGCUGCAAAAGACGCCCAUCCUGGACAGCGCUGUGGAGGAGACCCUCCGCCUCACCUCCGCCCCCGUCCUCACCAGGGCCGUGCUCCAGGACAUGUCCCUAAAGAUGGCCAACGGAAACGAGUACCGCAUUAGAGAAGGAGACAGAGUGGCCCUGUUUCCUUACACUGCCGUCCAGAUAGACCCGGAAGUCCACCCUGACCCACUCACCUAUAAGUAUGACCGCUUCCUGACUGCAGAGGGGGACAAAAAGACGGACUUUUACAAAGGUGGGAAAAAACUGAAGUACUACAACAUGCCGUGGGGUGCUGGGAACACCAUGUGCCCAGGACGCUUUUUCGCCACCAAUGAGCUGAAGCAGUUUGUCUUUCUCAUGCUCACAUACUUUGACUUUGAGCUCAAGAACCCAGAUGAAAAGAUCCCUGAUAUUGACGUCAAGCGCUGGGGCUUUGGGUCCAUGCAUCCAACCAGAGACAUCCAGUUUAGAUACAGACUCAGGUUUUAAAAAUGGUUGAAUGACACAAACCAGCCUUUGACAACGUUUUGACAACUGUUCAUCUGAUGAUUGUUAUAAACUAUGUGCCUGAACUUUAAUUUAUCUAGAGUACAUGUGGUACAGCAAAAAGUGGUACAGUAUUACAAUAACUGGAUAUAAUUACUGUGUUAAUUUAGAUGAAAAAUCCUCUACCUUUUCUCUCUUUGAAAAUGACUGGAAGGAUUAUUUUUGUUUAUGCUUAGAGUCAACUGGAAAGUAGAUUUAAAGCUGACAUGGACAGAAGAAAAAAAAAUAUUGUAAAGCCGGUGAGUAAUAGGAAAGGGUUUACAGAUAGUAUUAGAAAUGCACAUAUGUUAUCUUUAAGUGAACUACAAAAUAUAUAAAAUACUUAGGAUGCUUAAUAA